UUAAAAAAAAUUACAAAAAUGCCACUUAAGUUAAAAAAUGUUUAAGAAAUGUAAAUGGCACUUAAUAACAUUGUUAUCGCUUAAUGACAUUAUUAUCGGAAUUAUAUAUAUAUUGAAUUUUCAGAGGCUUUAUGGUAGUAUAUUCGAAUUCAAACACGAUACCUUCUCUCUAAAAACUCUCUAAAAACAAUACGUAAAGUUAAACAAGCUAGAACUCUAGAUCGAACAUCAAUGGCAUACCAAGACGUGCAUGAUAACGAUCCGGACUUUGAAAAUUUAGGAGAUAAUAUAGAUUAUUCUGAUAGAUUUGUUACCGAUAGAGAAUUUGAUUCUGUAGAUGAUUUACAUACUUGGGCUAAUGAGAUAGCACUAACAAUUGGAUUUCAAUUUACACGUGCUUCAUAUAAAAAAAAAGAAGGGCGUUCUAGAGUGAGUCUGUACUUAAGAUGUCACCGUUACGAUAAAAGAAGUGUUGAUUUGCAUAACUUAGACAAUGCUCCCCGACCAGGUUCCAAAAGUAGGGGUUGUGGGUGUAAAUUUAUGAUUUUAGGAACUAGUCGUAACCCAAAGGAAAGACCUUGGACGGUUAGAGUGUUUCCUGGUGAAAAAGGAAUACAUAACCAUCCGUUCUUCAUGUACAUAGAUGGUCAAAUAAGAGUAAAUAGGAUGACUGUGGAUAUCAGGCAGCACAUACGAGAUCUAAGUGCAACUGGCAUGCAACCAGCAUUUAUAAUGUCUUCAAUUAGAAGAAAUUUUCCUCGUUUUUAUGCUAGUAUGAAUCAAAUUUACAAUGAGAGACAGUCAAUGAGGAGAGAAGAGAUGGAUGGUAGGACUCCUCUUCAACACUGUCUGUAUAUGGCCACGGAGCAUAAUUAUGUAGUUUGGAGGGACUUGGAUAGUGAGGAUCAGUUGACUAGAUUAUUGAUUGCGAAUCCAACUUCUAUCCAGAUGCUACGUUCGUGGCCCCAUGUUGUGUUGAUAGACACAACGUACAAAACGAAUAAGCAAAAGUGGCCCCUUUGCGAAAUCAUUGGAAUGACGCCAACGAAUCAUAAUUUCUUGGUUGCAUUAUGUUUGAUGCGAGAUGAGGCGGCUGUGUCUUAUUCUUGGGUGUUGGAGAGGUUGAGGGAUAUUUACGGGACAGUGCAGACGCCGGAUGUAAUCGUAACGGAUCGGGAUGAGGGUUUGUCUGCAGCUAUUCAUGCUGUCUUUCCAGAUGUACGACAUCUAUUAUGCGUAUGGCAUAUUGGCAAUGACGUGGAGAACAUGGUCGAUAAAUUGUGUGGCGGCAAGAAAAAUCAACAGGGCCAGUUAUUCAGGCAAACAAAAUGGAACCCCUUGGUUAACAGUAUGACGAUCGCCGAUUUUGAAAACAGAUGGGAAGGGAUUGUUUCCACUUGGUCGACUAGGAACCGGAGAGUCGUGCAAUAUUUGGCAGGAAUAUGGAUUCCUCACAAAGAGAAAUUUGUGCGUGCGUGGACGAAUGAUUGUUUGCACUUGGGUAACCAGACUACCAGUCGAGUUGAAAGUCAACACUCUUCCUUCAAGUACUACUUGGGUAGCGGUAAUAGCUCAUUCGAUACGCUGUUUAAAAGGGCGCACGCACAAAUUACGAAUCAACAAUCAAAAAUAAGACAAGCUCUUGAGGAAUCUAAGAAUUCCAUUUCAAGAACGUCACGACUAAAUUUUCUACGACCGUUGUAUCGUCAUGGCAGUUGUCUUUUAGAAAAAUGCGGUUGUGUCAUUCAAACAACCCACGGAUUACCAUGCGCGUGUUACUGUUACUUGUCUAUCAGGUCUAAUGGUGCUUUGUACUUGGACGAUAUACAUCCGUUUUGGAAAACGUUAAAGUAUUUAGAUGCAGAAGAAGACGCGAACGAAGAAGUACGGCACGCAAACGCCGAUGAUAAAGAGUACUUUCAAUCGUUGGUGGAUGAAGUUUUAAAAUUCGACCCCUCAGUACUACGACGCGUCUCUCAGGUACUUGAACAUGAGCUGCACCCCGAUGGUGACGACAUACCUGAGCCCGAAGCAAGUCCACCGAGGAAAGGAAGACCAAUGACAAGCAGAACCUUGAGGAGAAACAAAAGUGCGUUUGAGUACAGUAGAUCGUCCUCAAGGGGUCGCGGAUCAAGAUCAUCAUCACGCGGGAGAUCCAGUGGUAGAUCAAGCAGCCGGUCGCAUCAAUCGUCAGUUGGAAUUAACUUCAGUUUCAACUUAUCAGAUGGUGCAGCAGGUCGUGAUUUUUCACUUUUUUCGUGGCCAGAUCACAUUCCAUUUAUUCUUCCGCCAUAUCUGUUUGAUUGGAUUGAUGUUAUAGGUGACGGUAAUUGUGGAUUUAGAGCUAUUGCCGCCACAGAGUUAGGGGGUGAGGAAGCAUGGCCUCUGUUACGACGUGCAAUGAGUUUGGAAAUGGAAACGCAUAGAGAACAAUAUGCACGCUUAUAUUUAUCAGCAGAUUCGGUGGAGGAAGCUAUAUUCAGAGUUGGUGCCCACAAUAAAGGACCUGCUCCGUACGAUCACUGGUUGGAAGCGACAACACUGUAUUCUGCAGCAACAUUUUUAAACAUAGCAAUUGCGUAUUAUGGCUCUGCGGAUGGUCAUCCAAUGUACAAUUGUUUAGUGCUUCCUUUAAGAAGAACAGGGGGAAUGCAUGGCGUAAAUAAACUUAUACAUAUUCUUUGGGUAAACGGGAAUCAUUAUGUUCAGCUUUUAAUGAACGAUGAUUCAUCUCCACUGCCGCCAGUCCAACAAAAUUGGAGAGCAGCUAACAAUUCAUGUGCAGAUUUAGAAAGACAAUAUCGUAAUAGGAUAUCACUUUGGAGUAGAAUGUGCAACAUACAACGACAACAGCAUAAUAACACCGCCGGAGACGCGGUGAAUUUAGAUUCUCCAUAG